UUCACUACCUUUCAUAUCGGUCAGUCAGUGUCACCGUCUGUCGUCUGCCGGAUCCGCCAUUUUCUCUCAAUUAUGAAUUUGCUUACUGCUGUUAUAGCUGCCGUGGUGCUGGAAGUAUGCUGCGCCCAUAUGUGCAUGAUCAGCCCUCCACAACGAGGUUCGAUGUUAAAUCUAAACAAGGCGGGUUCCAGCGACUGCGUUCUGACCACACCCAGGUGUGGUGGAAGACCCCGGGGCAUGCCUGUCAUGGGACUACGAAGGGGACAAAACUUCACCGUUUCGUUCCAGAAAAACCUUGACCAUUACGUUGCGGCGACACCAGGAAGUUUCACUGUUUCUAUUGGGUCAGAGCGAGGAGGAACCAAACUGAACGUGCUUGCCAAUAUCCCUGAUGCCGGGGAGCCAUCUUUGACCGUGUACUCAGUCAACGUUACCAUUCCUAUGGACCUUGAACCAAGGAGAGAGUACAUUAUGCAUUCUGCCUAUAUCACCAACAACCCUCAGGCACCUCCAGAAUUCUUCCAGUGCGCAGACAUCAUGGUCAACGAAUAAAGCAGCUGGAAAAAGAGACAGUGGUGUUUGACCGGUAUUGUGACAAUAUGUAAGCUUGUGUAGGGUUAUUUCUGUGAAUGUUGGACUAGAGUCGCUGGUUUAUUGUUUGAAAGUUGUUAUUUUAAUCAAAAUAAAUUGUUUACAUAA